UGUAACUCUAACACCGGAAACUUGUAGAAGAUCACACAUUGAUCUCUUGUACAUGGAGGUAGCAUUGCCAGAGCCUCUCAAUUUUGGUUCAUCAGAAUUUUAGUUUUGCUCAUCAUUUGUAUUGUAACUUGAAAACAGUUAAAUCUGGGGUAAAUAUUGCAAUAAUUUACUGCCAAGUGUUGGCGAUAAUCUUACCUGAUAUUGGAGGACAUUACAAGGAUCAAGAUGGUGACAAUUCUACUCUUUAUGGCAUUAGCUCAUCAAAUGGUGUUGUGUUCAUUGGCAGCUGGUGAAGAGAUCAGGCUGGUCAACGGCACUAGUCGCUGCUCGGGGACAGUAGAGAUUCUUUACAAGGGCCAGUGGGGACGAGUGUGUGGCCAGAGGUGGGACAUAAACGAUGCCAAUGUGGUGUGUGGCCAGCUGGGCUGUGGGAGGGCUGUGAGUGUCCAAGGUAGUGCCCACAUAGGUCAGGGUAGUGGUGGCAGGCCUACUUGGCUGGAUGAUGUUGGGUGUAAAGGCACUGAGAGCUCCCUCACAGAAUGCUCACAUGGAGGAUUGAAACACCAUGACUGUUUACAGGCUCAAGAUGCCAGUGUUUUCUGCUCAGUUAAACCUAAUAUCAGACUGGUCAAUGGGAGUGACCUCUGCUCUGGGAGGGUGGAGGUCUAUCAAACUGGUCACUGGCGAACCGUGUGUGACGACGUGUGGGACUUGACUGACGCUGCUGUGGUUUGCAGACAGCUUGGCUGUGGGAGAGCUGAUAGUGCCCCAGAGAGGGCCUACUUUGGUCAGGGCAGUGGGCCCAUCUGGCAGGAUGAUGUUGGCUGCUCUGGCUGGGAGUGCUCCAUCACACAGUGCCCACACACAGGAGGAGGAACAUAUAACUGUAAUCAUGGUAACGACGCAGGUGUUAUUUGUUCAGGUGUUGUCUUGCAGAAGCCUUCACUCUACACAGACCCGUCCUAUUCUGCCUUCUUGCAUGGAGAGGAGGUCCAACUCACCUGCACUCUUCCAUUCCGUAUCCUCUGUAAUGCUGUGGAAUUCAUCUUCUAUCUGAAUGGAGACUCCGUCAUGAAUGUGACCGUUGGAUCCUCACAGCCCAGGGCUACUUUAACAAAGUUUAAGAUGGACGAUUCACACCAGGGCAGUUACAGCUGUCUCUACAGAACCCUCUCCAACAGCCAAGCCAUCAGCUCCCCUUACAGCAACGUUACUAAAGUGGUCCUGCUACAGCCCAACAUCUCUCUCAGUCCUCCAAAUGGAGGGAUGUUUUGGGAACCUCAUGGGCCAGAGGUGAUCAGGGGCCACAGCUUCUCCAUCACCUGCUCCAUUCAGCCACAGUAUCCUGGAGGCCUCUUCUAUCUGGACUUCUCUGGGUCCAACAGAACAGAGACUACGCCAGCAGUCAACCACUCUGCCUCCUUCCACUUCCCUGUUGCGGAGUAUACAGACCAGGGGAAAUACAGCUGCAGCUAUGGAGUCAACAUCUCCACCCGGUCAUUCAGGUCGGCUAAGAAUGAACUAGCUGUCACCAUUAGAGCAUUCAUGGUCCCCAUCAUUGUCUCUGGAGGGACUGGUGGGGUAGCACUCCUGUUUCUGCUUCUUCUAGUCAUCUGUCUGGUCAGCAGGAGGAGCAGAAAGCCAUCUACAGAGAUUGACCAGAGUGAAUGUAUUGACAACAGACACAACAGAGGCAAGGACAACAAAGUAGAAGAGGAGGAGGACUAUGUGAAUGUUGACAACGUCUGUGACGAGAGAAGUCUGGAGCGGGGGAAGGGUGAAAAGAAGAAUGGGAAGGAAAAAGGGCACAGCUAUGGGAAAACGGAGGAUGUCCGUUUCAAUGAGGAGGGUGAAAGGGAGGGAAACGAUGGAAGAAAGCGUGUUUGUGGUGGGUCUCAUGAGAAAAUGAAUAGUGCAGACGACGAGGAAGACAGAGACAUUAGUAUAAUCUAUGACAAUGUUGUAGCACAUGACGUGAAUGAAGACAUUUAUCAAAACUAUUAGGAGAAGUAACAGUGUAUGUCACUAAAGUAACUCAUUGGCAUCAACACAUUGAUUUGUAAAUAAAGUUAAGUAAUAAUAAUUCAGAUGCAAUAGUAUAGCAACUACGGUUGCUAUAGUUGACACUUAAAUUAGACAUAUGACAUAAUGGUAUUGCUCCAUUUUAUUUAGCUUUUUGUAACCAAUCGAAAUGUUCAGCAUAUUUGAGCCAUUGGGUCAAAUUCCGAACUGUCGUUUUUUUGUAUGCGUUGGUGGGGUGUCACUUUCUGUGUCUUUGAUCAGUUCCAGUGCUGUUGAGGAACUAGCAUUAUGUAUAAACUGUUGGUUGUUUGCACUAAACUGAACAGGAUUCUCAUUGCGUGCUUUUGAGUUGAACUUUUAUAUGUCUCCACUUCUUCUUUGAAGAGGAGUAGAAGGUGUUCAACCAAGUGAGAAAAGGUCCAACCAUAAAAAUCAUAUGAGCACUGGGAAGUAAAAGGUGACUCGACUCACUAUUUUGGGCCUUUGCCUUCCUAAUCCACUUCCGUGGGUUAAGACCAUCAAGCUCUCGCUUUUCACUCUCCCUGGUUUAUCUAUGAAUCCUACAAGGCACAUGGGCUUUACUGAGAACAAAACUGUCUACCCUAGAUGCAACAGCACAAAUGAGGGAGUGACAGAGGAGCUGUGCACAGGAAAUGCGUCCUCGUAUAAGAGUAAAAUCACCAGUAGAUUCACCAGACAAUCUGCGACAGAGACUGGUCAUCACACGUUUUACCAGAAAGAUUGUUCGGUUCUACAAGAGAAAAUACCUUCCUUUAUUUCUGACAUGAAGAUCAAUAUAUUGAGAAGUCUCCUAUCUGACAAUGGGUGAGUUUAACUUGCAAAACGUGCAAUUCAAUUUCAUAUCUGUCAACAAAGGGAGAACACUGCUUUGCUUGAAAUUAAUGUUUUUAAAACCUGAUAUGGAUAGGGGGCAGUAUUUUCCCGGCUGGAUGAAAAAACGUACCCGAUUUUAAACUGGUUACUACUCUUGCCCAGAAACGAGAAUAUGCAUAUUAUUAGUGAUUUGGAUAGAAAACACUGAAGUUUCUAAAACUGUUUGAAUGGUGUCUGAGUAUAACAGA